AUGUCAUUAGUACUUACAUCCAAUUUUAUGCAGAACUUGCAAACUCAACAAAAUAAUAACCAUAUUAUAAUUCCAUCUACAACUGAAUAUCAUUUAGAGAUGCAGUUUCAAAUACUAAAACUCUUAAAAAAUCUGAAAGAAGAAGAUUCAGAAGAUGGACUUCAUGAAAGGGAUGGUGGAAUAUUAGGUAUUGUUUCUUACCUUUCUUCAUUCCAAGUUAACCAUAAUGUUAUCACUAGAAGUACCUUAAAACGUAAACGUGUGAAUGCACAUGUUGGAAGUAUACCAAUAAUUCUUAUGGAAGAAAAAGCUAAUAUAAAUGAUCUAGACUUAGCCAAAUAUGAAUUGAUGAAUAAAUUUGCAUGGAUAAGUGGGAGAUUUUCCACUGUUGAUCAAAUUGGAUCACUUUCACCAUUUCCCUUUGGUGUUUCUAAUGUGCGAAUAGCAGAAGAAGAUUUUUGGGGUCGAGAAAUAAUUAUCAAUUACUCAGUAAUUAUCAAGAUAUAUACUGAAAUGAAAAAGGAAGAUAUGGAAAGGGUCAAAUUAUUCUAUGAUACUACAAAGGGAACACAAUACUUAGAAAAAGCAGUGAAAUAUGUUGUUAAAGUUAAAGAUGAUGAAUCUGAAGUGUUAACAUUAUAUUUAACUCCAGUAAAAUAUUCAUCAAAGAGCAACAUGCUUCGUAUUUUUGAUCCAGUUACUGUUGAUUCCUAUAAACCUGCCACAGACAUUUAUAUGUUGAUUAAAAUGAUGGAGGAUACAGAAAAUAUGUGGCAUGGUAAUCCUUAUGGUCAGGAUUUUUUCAAGGAACUAAAAAAUUGCUACCAACAAAAUAGUUUAUCUUCAAUACUUAAUCACAGUUUCAUUAAGCCUCAAUGA